ACGCAAGCCGUUUUGCCGCACGCUGUGCUGAUAUACACGGUCUCAGAGGGUGUGACAGUGCGAGGAGGCGUUAUUAGUGCUCAUCAUUCGACACCCGCAGCGAAACCGACGCGACAAGCGGUCUAGCAGCCGGACCCAAAAAUCCAGCAGCUAAGCCGCAGCCCGCAGCUAAGCCGUGAGCUAAGCCGCAAGAUUAAAAGGACAGCAAGCCAUGUCAGCCGUCGAGGACCGACUACCAGCCGUGGCCGACGAGGCCGCCGCGCCGAGCAACGACGCCGCCUGCGCCGAGGCCCUAGCCGCUCUGGAAGCGGAGCUCGCCGCGCAGGACGAGCAAUUCCAGCUGCUGGCGUCGACGAUGAAACUGACCGCCGAGUCCCUGGACGAGCUGUACGCCGAGGCCGAGAAGGAAGGCGACGUCGAUGUCCGGCGCAUCGUCGAAACUGUCGAAAGGGUCGAGAAGGACUUUACGAGGAGUGCGGACGCGGCAAAAAGGGGAGAGGCGCGCGUCGACGCGCUCGUGGACAAGGCCAUCGGAAAGGUCACGCCAACAGAGGUCGAGCCGCUGCCGCUGCCGCCCGUCUCGCCGAAAACGCCGACCCGCUCACCUAUGCGGAGCGUCUCGUCUUUAUCAGACGACGCCGUCGUGGCCUCGGAGCCCAAUGCGGAGCCCGAGGAGGAGAGUUUUGAGCUAACUUUCCCGGCGGGGCCGCUCGGGCUAGGCGUGUCCGUGAUGAGGGAUAGAAAGAGUGGGAAGGCGCACGUGAUUGUCGAUAGUGUGCUGGAGAGCUGCCCGCACUCAAAAACUUUGGAAAAGAUGGACGAGAUCACGUCGAUUGCAGGUGCUGCGUUACUACCUGCACAACCAGGCGACGACCCGAAGCUCCAUCUCGACGCCGCGCUCGACUUGAUUCGAAGAGCUCCGCGGCCGUUGGCCCUGGGCUUCCACCGUUAUAUCGGGAGGUACCAGCAGGCGGACCUGUCGACGCCCGCACCGCCGCGGGAUUUGCCGUGCUUGCCGAGCCUGCCGCCGAUCCUGUCUUCCUUCGGUGGAAGCGAGUAACUGUAAACAUUAACACUAUCACGGGAAGGGUCGCGUCGAUGGCGUGGCGAGGCGCGCCCGCACGACGC